AUGUCGCGCUCUUUCUAUGUCGAUUCGCUCAUCAUCAAGGACUCCUCACGGCCUGCACCCUCGCUGCCCGAACCGCACCCCGGGCCGGAUUUCUUCAUCCCGCUGGGCAUGCCGUCCCCUUUGGUGAUGUCUGUGUCGGGGCCCGGCUGCCCGUCCCGCAAAAGCGGUGCUUUCUGCGUGUGCCCGCUCUGCGUCACUUCGCACCUGCACUCCUCUCGCGCACCCGCAGGCGCUAGUGGAGGGGGCGCAGGGGCUGGGGGUGCAGGGGUCGGGGGCGGCGGCGGGGCGGCAGGGGGCACCGGGGCCCUGCCUCUGCUCAAGAGCCAGUUCUCCUCGGGUCCUGGGGAUGCGCAGUUUUGCCCACGGGUGAGCCACGCGCAUCAUCACCACCACCCGCCACAGCACCACCAUCACCACCAUCAGCCCCAGCAGCCAGGCUCUGCUGCCGCAGCGGCCGCAGCGGCCGCGGCCGCAGCUGCCGCAGCUGCUUUGGGGCACCCGCAGCAUCACGCACCUGUCUGUGCUGCCACCACCUACAACGUGGCGGAUCCGCGGAGAUUCCACUGCCUCACCAUGGGAGGCUCCGACACCAGCCAGGUACCCAACGGCAAGAGGAUGAGAACGGCGUUCACCAGCACUCAGCUCCUGGAGCUGGAGCGGGAAUUCUCCUCCAACAUGUACCUGUCUCGACUCCGGAGGAUCGAAAUCGCUACCUACCUGAACCUGUCGGAGAAGCAGGUGAAAAUCUGGUUUCAGAACCGCCGGGUGAAGCACAAGAAGGAGGGGAAGGGUGCCCAGAGGAACAGUCACGCGGGCUGCAAAUGCGUCGGUAGCCAAGCUCACUACGCGCGUUCGGAGGACGAGGACUCCUUGUCCCCAGCCUCCGCUAACGAAGACAAGGAGAUUUCCCCUUUAUGA